GUCCGCGCAGGCCGGGGCAGGUGCUGAGCGCGCAGUCAAGGCCGCGGGCGGGUCGUGUCGGGGCGGGGCUGAACGGAGCAAGCUGCAUCUAGGCGGGGCAGCAGCGGUCCAGGGGUCGUAAUCUCCACGCACAGCCGUGAUCUCAGGUGGGUCACCCCUGUCGUCACCCUCAGUCUUGCUGGAGCUUGAAGAUGCUGAAAGAGCGUCUGGAGAUGGCGGAAGAUCCUCAACAGCAGAUGGGUGCUCCGGUGGUCAAACUGGAGAAGGAGCUGCCAUGGGGCCGGGGAGGGGAGGACUCUAGUCCGGAGGCAUUCCGCCUGAGGUUUCGGCAGUUCCGCUACCAAGAGGCCGCUGGUCCCCAGGAAGCCCUCAGGGAGCUCCAAGAGCUCUGUCGGCGGUGGCUGAGGCCGGAGCUGCACACCAAAGAACAGAUCCUGGAGCUGCUGGUGCUGGAGCAGUUCCUCACCAUCCUGCCCCGGGAGUUCUACACCUGGAUCCGGGAACACAGCCCAGACAGCGGCAAGGCUCUGGUGGCCAUGGUGGAGGAGCUGAUGGGGAGCUCGGAGGCCAAGGCGGUUCCUUGCCAUGCCCAGGGAGAACAGCUGGUCACAGCCCUUGGUGGAGGAUCUUGGCAAUCAGGCAUCCACUUGGGGCCAGUAGAAGUCAAGCCUGAAUGGGGGAUACCCCAGGGGGAAGGAGUUCAGAGCCUAGGCCCAAGCACUGCAGAACAGCUGAGCCAGGGCCCUGGAGAUGGGUCACAGGCCUUCCAGGAGCAAGCAUUGCCCAUUCUUCACGUGGGUCCAGGGCUUCCCUCUGUGAGUGCCAGAGACCAAGAGAUCGCUGCUGGGUUCCUUGCAGCCACGUCCCAGGGUCUGGGGCCAUUUAAAGACAUGACUUUGGGUUUCCCUGAGGAGGAAUGGAGGCAUGUGGCCCCGGCUCAGAUCGACUGCUUUGGGGAAUACGUGGACUCUCAGGACUGUGGGGUCCUUCCAGGUGCUGGGAGCAAGGAGAAGGAGGCUAAGCCCCAGCAGGAAGACCUGAAGAGAGCGUUUGUUGGGCUGACUUCCGAUGGCUUUGGAGAAGCCGCCAUCCAGGUUCCUGGGCCAGGGGGCACCUGUGAACAGGAGCCUGGGAGCUCUGGGACCAGCCUGCCUGGGCUUCCUGCUCCUCAGCAUGGGGUACCCCUGCCUGAUGCCCUCAAUGCCCACAAUUCUUUCUGGAAGCCUUUCCAGUGCCCUGAGUGUGGAAAAGGCUUUAGUCGGAGCUCCAACCUCGUCAGGCACCAGCGGACCCACGAAGAAGAGAAAUCCUUCGGCUGUGUGGAGUGCGGGAAGGGUUUCACCCUGAGGGAGUACCUCACCAAGCACCAGAGGACCCACCUGGGCAAGAGGCCCUAUGUGUGUGGCGAGUGCUGGAAGACCUUCAGUCAGAGGCAUCACCUGGAGGUGCACCAGCGCAGCCACACCGGGGAGAAGCCCUACAAGUGUGCAGACUGCUGGAAGGGCUUCAGCCGGAGGCAGCAUCUGCUGGUGCAUCGCAGGACGCACACGGGGGAGAAGCCUUACACCUGCGAGUGUGGCAAGAGCUUCAGCCGGAAUGCCAACCUGGCCGUGCACCGGCGUGCGCACACCGGGGAGAAGCCCUAUGGCUGCCAGGUGUGUGGCAAGCGCUUCAGCAAGGGGGAACGGCUGGUGCGACACCAGAGGAUCCACACAGGCGAGAAGCCCUACCACUGCCCAGCCUGCGGCCGCAGCUUCAACCAGAGGUCCAUCCUCAACCGUCAUCAGAAGACCCAGCAUCGCCAGGAGCCCCCGGUGCAGUGAGCCUACCCAGGGAGCAGCUCUGCCGUAGGAGCGACUUGUGUUGCACCGAGUGGUCUGGGCAGUGCCCAGUGAGGGACAGCAGAAUGUGCUCAAGUAGGAGGAGGGCAGAGCCUGGCAUAUGGGAAGCUUGCAGAAGGCCCACAGUUUCCCUCACCUAUUACAGGGAAACUAUCACGAGCUUCAGGCUUUCUUAUCCUUCCACAGUGGGGAUGGGAACCCACCUCCUGAACAAGUUUGGAGGAAAGGGCAGAAUUUUAUUGCAAAUAGGCAGCUUGAAGCUCAUAUUCCCUCUCUCUCUCUUUCUCUCUGUCUCUCUGUCUCUCUCUCUCUCCCUCUCUCCCUUUCUCCCUCUCUCCCUCUCCUCCCCUCUUCCCUCCCCCCUCUCUGCCCCUUUCCCCCUCUCUCCAUCUCUCCUUUGUUUUGAGAUAAGGUCUCAUAUCAUCUAAGCUGGUCUCAGACUCCUUGUGUAGCUGAGGAUGAUCUUGAGCCCCUCCUGUCUCCAGGGCUGUGAUUGCAGGAAUGUGCCACCAUGCCUGGUUUAUGUUGUAUUGGAGAUGACACCCAGGGUUUGUGCAUGCUGGGUGGGGCACUCGACUGACUGAGGCAUGUGCCCAGCCUUGAAGCUCUCAUUGUCAGACAGCUCUGUCUUGCCUUCGAGAUCAUUAGUCCAGGCCUGCCCUCCCUCCAGCUGUCUUUCAUUUACAAAUAUUUAUUAAACAUCUACUGUGCUCCUGGCUCUCGGAAGGCUGUGGGGGUGGAAGCAAUGAUACUGUGGAGUGUGUGAGCACAGCUGGAGCUUGUAAGUAUCCCAAAGCACGUGUUGUUGCCAAGGCCACGUCAGAACUUCUGCACUCUCCUGUGCCAGCCUGUCCCUCUGUGGGCCCUCACAUACUCCACCUCAGGUGGGGACUUCUCUCGUGCAGCCUUGUUUAUAUCUCUUUCUUGGCAGCCUUAUUGUCAUGGACUGGAACAUUCUACUCUCAUCUGUAAAGUCUUCCCAUCUCAUUAUUCCUUGCACUAACCACAGCCACUAGGAAAUUAAUAUUUUGCUACUGAUCACUGAAUAAACAUGAAAAUAUUUUAAGACAA